UGAACUUUACUCUUUUUAUGACAACUUCUGCUGUGCACCACAUCCCUGUGCUGAUCCAGCUCAAUAAUCAUUGUGGUAUUAAGAUUUAAGGAGCAACAACAAGCCACAAUGUUCAGGUUUUGUCUUCUGAUCUGCUUGUCAGUGCUGCUGUAUGGCAGCUCAGCAAGCCCAUAUAAAUCAUGGGGAAAAGAACAUGAUACAGCACUUCAAGAAACAAGGUCUGAUGAAUUUAAUGAGAAGAUGACAUUUGGACUAAAAGAAGUUGAACCGCUGGAGGACCUGGAUCUGACCGACGCUGACAUUGACCCUGGCAUGUUAAUAUGGAAAGCUGUGAAACAAUUUCGCCAGCAGAAAUACGACAAGCCCGAAGAGGACAAAGACAUGCUCUACCAUCCCUCUGAGCUCAGAGCUGGCAAGCUAGACAGGGAUGUCCAGCUACAGUCCUACGGCAAGGCCCGGCUGUAUGAGGAGCCUGAACAGGAUAUGGAUGAGCUGUACCAUUCUGAGCCUGAGAAGCUUGUUGGAGAGCUGAAAGACAAGGCUGAAGAAGCAGAACCAUCUGAAAAGCUCAUGUACAUGAGCCCAGAAGAGGACAAAGAUGACCUGUACCAUGGACACAUUCCAUCAGGGUCUGUACUGGAGGCUCCAGUGGUACAAGCUUUUGACAAUAAGCUCAAGAUAGUUUACAAAGAACCAGAAAAAGACCUAGAUAAGCUCUACCACAGCUAAACAAAAAUAUUGAGUACAAAAUAAUGCAGGAUUCGUUAUGUUCAACUAAUUAUUAAAUGAGGUCUUUGUAUGUGAAAGAGAAGUUUCAUUUGAGUAAUUUAAUUACAUUUAAAGGCAUAAAAUCACAAAUAAAAGUUAAAAAAAACACA